AUGGACAGGAAGGUGGUGUUUAUCACUGGGUGCUCCUCUGGGAUCGGUCUCAGCCUGGCUGUCCGACUAGCAUCCGACCCGGACAAAACAUACAAAGUCUAUGCCACCAUGAGAAAUCUGGCCAAGAAGGAGCGUCUUUUAGAGUGUGUGAAAGGCCUGCACAAGGACACUUUGGAUAUCCUCCAGAUGGAUGUGACCGACCAACAGUCCAUCCUGGAUGCGAGGGACAGGGUUGUGGAAAAACGAGUGGACAUCCUUGUGUGUAAUGCCGGUGUGGGUUUGAUGGGGCCACUGGAGAUCCAGUCCUUGGACUCGAUGAGAUGUAUCCUGGAGGUCAACCUCCUGGGUACCAUCCAGACUAUUCAGGCCUUCCUGCCUGAGAUGAAGGUUCAGGGUCAGGGCCGCAUCCUGGUCACCGGCAGCACUGGAGGGCUUCAGGGUCUCCCUUUUAAUGAGGUGUACUGUGCCAGUAAAUUUGCAAUAGAGGGAGCAUGUGAGAGUUUGGCAGUCCUCCUGCAACACUUCAACAUCCAUGUGAGUCUCAUUGAGUGUGGUCCAGUCAACACCGACUUCCUGGUCAACCUGCAGAAGGUGGAGCUCGGGGACACAUCUCUCCAACAGGUCGAUAGUCAAACACUCAGCCUGUAUGAAAAAUACCUGCAGCACUGUGGCUCUGUUUUCCAAAAUGCAGCACAGGACACUGAGGACAUUGUAAAGGUGUUUCUAGAUAGCAUCCAGUCACCCAGCCCUGCAUUCAGAUACUUCACCAGUGGAUCCCUGCCACCUCUAACCAAACUGAAGAUCACAGAACCAGAUGGCUUGCAGUACAUCAGCGCUAUGAGCAAACACGUUUUCUCAACUGAGGCACAGUAA